AUGAAUACGCCAAUCUUGGAAACGUCAGCCCCUGAUCACGGCUAUCUCAGUCUACUCUCGCGCCUACUCCAAGAACAGUGGGUAGAACGGUUCGAUGGACACGGCUACGUCGAUGAAGCAGGCUUUGAGAAAGAUGACCUGCGCUCAGUGAUUACAAGCGACCACAGUUACCCAUCCUUCACUGGCCGCAAUGUCAAGUAUGAAAUGCUUGUUGUCACCAGCACGACCUAUAGUUGUCCAGUGUUUCUGGCUAUUUCUGGUCCAGAACACGCCGACCAGAAUGAGUUGAUGGCUCUCAUCCGUGAAAUUUUCAGACGUGGUGUGUAUUCCCCCGGUGCUGAUUGGCCAAAGUUCGGGGCUGUGCUUCGUGGACACAACAUUACUUUGGUAAGGUAUAGACGGAAUGAUACUUUGAGGACCAUGGAGGAACGCAAUAUCCUACAUGGUAUUGGUGCUUCCUUGGGUGAUCUUGUCAGACAUCUUCCGAUCGCUGAUAGGACUUUGGAUAAUCCAUAUAUGAGGAGGUGA